GAAGAAGAAGCAUCGGCGUCACUGCCCUGCGGUUCCCUCACAGCGUCGGUACUGUCGGAAAGGCCUUGGUUUGACUUCAACAUUUUAUUCUUUCGUGAUUAAAACACGGCUUACACAGAUUGUUGGUUGAUUUAGUAUAGUUAAAUGUUAGAGAAGACGAGGUAGUUUUAACUUUACCGCUGUUUAAAUAAUGUAGCGCUAACAUUUAUCUUCGCUGGCUAGCUAACGGGUAAGCUAGCAGCCAAUGUUGUUGUUUAGAUCGCUGACUAAAACGAGAGUCUAAUACUAGACGCCUGGAAUAAUAUUUGUGUAUUUAAGUUCGGUAAGAAAUAUCAUGUAUAACGCUUAAGCAAUAGAGGCAAACAAAUAAAUAUUUAGAUACUAAUUGGAAUACUAGCUAGCCAGUUAGCCAGCGCUAACGUCAAACAGCUGUCUACUGGCGUCCGCUGACUCUCUGGGGACCCUUCGGGUUGUCCUUUAACACCGAGCCACUGAUAGUUCCUGGGGAGCUUCUAAAGCUCUCAGUAAACCUGAUCCAAUGCGUGGUAUGAUGGGAACUCAAACCAGUCCAGUCAAGAGCUACGAUUAUCUCCUGAAAUUUCUCCUGGUGGGGGACAGUGACGUCGGUAAAGGCGAAAUCUUGGAGAGUUUGCAGGACGGAUCUGUUGAGUCUCCAUACGCCUACAGCAGUGGCAUUGAUUACAAGACCACCACUAUUCUUCUGGACGGAAGACGGGUGAAGCUGGAGCUAUGGGAUACAUCUGGGCAAGGCAGAUUCUGCACCAUCUUCAGGUCUUACUCUCGUGGAGCACAGGGCAUCCUGCUUGUAUAUGACAUCACUAAUGGCUGGUCGUUUGAUGGGAUUGAUCGCUGGAUCCGGGAAAUUGAUGAGCACGCUCCAGGCGUUCCCAGGAUCCUUGUAGGGAACCGGCUUCACCUGGCCUUUAAGCGGCAAGUGCCUACAGAGCAGGCGAGGGCUUACGCUGAAAAGAACAGCAUGACCUUUUUUGAAGUCAGCCCUCUCUGCAACUUCAACGUUAUCGAGUCCUUCACUGAGCUGUCGCGUAUCGUGCUAAUGAGACACGGGAUGGAGAAAUUUUGGAGGCCCAACAGAGUCUUCAGCCUCCAGGAUCUCUGCUGCAGAUCGAUUGUCUCCUGCACACCAGUGCACCUCAUCGACAAGCUGCCGCUUCCCGUUGCAAUAAAAUCCCACCUUAAGUCCUUCUCUAUGGCCAAUGGCAUGAACGCCGUCAUGAUGCAUGGACGCUCGUACUCGGUUGCUAACAGCACAGCUUCAGGUGGCAGUGGCGGUGGAAGCAAAGCCAACAGUCUCAAACGCUCAAAGUCCUUUAAAUCUCCUCAGAGUCCACCAAAGUACUCAUCAUCCUCGUCAUCGUCCACCUCCUCCUCCUCCAAGAGCAACUGUAAAAUCUCAUAGUGACAGAGGGCGGUGGAAUCUUCCCUCCACUUUGCUGAUAUUGAAGCUGAUGCUCCAAGAGAUCAUGAGGCUGAUGAGAUCAUGUAGAGCUCACACCAGUCAGAGGUGAAUCAAGAAAUGAACUUAUUUGAUGAUGGGGGGUGAAGUUGGGCUGAGGGACUGAUUUCUGUUCUCCUUUUGCUCACCGAUGCCACCUUGUGGAUGUUCGGUUAAAUGUUCUCUAUCAAGUAAAGGAUGAUUUCCUGGGGACCAACUAAUGUGAAUCAAUGGUUAUCGCUCACCAGUUAACACUACAGAUGAUUCCCUUCUGUAAGGCAAAAUCUUGUUUAUUGGUAUUUAAAGCUAGACUUGAAGUUAUACGUGUACAUAUAUACAUGUAUGUUUGUAAAUGGGUGGCUUUUAUGUUAAAGAGCUUCUGAUGUUUUAUGUCUUGCUUUGGCAGACGUGCUUCAAUAUUAUGUGUCUUGUGGCCUUUCUGUACAGGAAAAAAACUCACAGCUGAUGUGCUAUUUAUUCAAAGCUGAGUUUGAUUUUUAAUGUUUGAUAAUGAAGUGGAAUUUAAUGGAGAAAAAAAAACUACAGCUCCUGGUUUUCAAAACUAUUAAUUCAUCUUGGACCGCUCAUUGGUUCACUUGCCAAUACAUGAUGUCUUGACUUUUUAAACCUCCUAAAUAUGAUCGGCUUUUUUUAUUUACUUUUUUUUUUAACUAUCAAAGGCAUGGUUGGUUUUUAUCUCUGUGCAGCUCUUAUUAAAAACACAACUUGUA